AACUCCACAUAAGGUACGCCUCCUCCUCCUCCUCCUCCUCUUUCUUUUCUUUCUUCGGUCUUUCCUUUUCCUCUCGUUCUCCUUCUCUUGCUACACUACACAGAUCCAACUCCACAUAAGGUACUCCUCCUCCUCCUCACCCCCUCCACCACCUCCUCUUUUCAGAUUGACCGCAACACGAGGAUCAUUCGACGCAUCCCCCUCGCUUGGUGCAGAUCCCGAGACGUUGCGCGCGUGUUGAGCCUGAGUGAGGGUUCCAUAGCGGCCGGGGUCCGUAUGCUCCAAGGGUAAAAUAAAUCUAGUCAACGCUUAAAAGAGACUAUAUAUGAAUACGUAAGAGGGAGGCAACGAACUUCAAUGCAACCGUGUCAUAAUCAGUCUCCGUGCACUGACUCAACGCUCGGAACCCAACGGUGGUGAAUUACAUAAAGACGAAACGGGAUAAAAAGAAAAAGACAUCCGCUGCCCUAACGCCAUCACCACCACCGCCGCCAGUAGGAGUUGAACCUUCACGCAGUAUAGUCAGACGGGCCAGACACUCAACCAUUAGUUCAUCCAGACGCCUCAGCAAGGUCGCCCGCCAAACUUAGUGCCACACGGAUGAACACAUAGACCCGCCCACUCACUCACAACAAGAGCAAGAUCACAAGACUCACACUGUCCACGGCUCUACGCAUCGAAAUCUUCACAAGGACUCAGAAAGCUUUACUAUAGAGUGUGUUUAUCCGGUAUGUGCGUUAUUUGAACUGCUUCUAAACCAAGGAAAUAUCUAUAAGUGAAGUAUUUUUUCUUCUAAAUUCAGAAAGCAUUACUAUAGUGCGUUUUCCCGUUGUGUGUGUCAUUUGAACUGCUUCUAAACCAAGGAAAUAUCGGAGUGGAGUCUUUUUUUCAUUCCAACAAACUCAAAAAGCUUUAAUAUAUCUAAUGUGUCCUCGUGUUGUGUGUGAUUAUAACCUGCUUCCAAACCGCGGAAAUAUCUAAGUGGAGUUUUUGUUUCCCUCCAAACUCAGAAAGGUUUACCAUUUCAAUGUAUUCUCGCGUUGUGUGCGUGAUAUUUUUAACCUGCUUCUAAGUCACGGAAAUAUCGAAGUGGAGUCUUUUUUUUAAUCACUGCGAGAGUAAGAGGCGUACCAACCUUCAAAACAUCACGAGAGAAAGUUUGAAAACCCCUGUUCGUAACCACCUUAAUUCCCAUCGCAUAUAGAACGAAAUCGGGGACUGUGCCUCUGAACCUAAUUGCAAGAACACGCACGGAGCUAAAAGUGAUUGGAAAGGAAUUAAACCUAGGAAAGGACUGAGCUGAAAGAAACAAUACUAAUUAUACUAUUCGAGAAACCCAUACCACGCAGACAACACAUAACAACUAAGGAACAGAACAGUGAAAACGAACAAGGAAAACAGAAAAGUGAAAGACUGUGUUAGGAAUCAAAGCGUAUGGAAAAACAGAGCUUGUAAGUGUACAGUGAAGAAGAAUCAAGGACCUAAGAAGCGAUACAGAGAAGAAAAGAAGAUUAAUUGACUGAUUGAUUGAAACUAUUGUACAAAAGAAGAAUUGAUUGAAACUUUUAUAUAUAUACAGAAGAAGAAACAAGGAAGAUUGAUUGAAGCAUACAGAAGAAUUGAUUGAAACUUUUAUUUAUAUACAGAAGAAACGAAGAAGACUGAUUGAAACUUAUACAGGAGAAGAAGAACUGAUUGAAGCUUUUAUACAGUACAGAAGAAGCGAAGACUGAUUGAAACUUACACAGGAGAAGAAUUGAUUGAAACUUUUACAUAUAUACAGAAGAAGAAACGAAGAAGACUGAUUGAAACUUAUACAGGAGAAGAAGAAUUGACUGAAACUUAUAUAUAUAUACAGAAGAAACGAAGAAGAUUGAUUGAAACAUACAGGAGAAGAAGAACUGAUAGAAGCUUUUAUACAGAAGAAGGAGAAGAAGCAAUCAGUAGGCUAGCAUGGCGCCACGGAGAAGAGACAUCAAUCCCACAGCUCCACCAGACUACGAACCAUGUAUAAGCGAGGUGGAAGAACGCAUCAUCCCCGCUACCUCUAAGGAAAACCUAAUUGAGGAUGAUGGCAGCUUCAAACUCAAGAAGGAACUGGGUCUGAUGGACGGCGUGGGCAUCAUUGUGGGUAUUAUUAUUGGGUCUGGGAUCUUCGUGUCUCCCAAAGGUGUUCUGCAGUUCAGCGGGAGUGUCGGAGUGGCGCUGAUUGUGUGGGCGGUAUCCGGGCUCCUCUCCCUCGUGGGUGCGCUGUGUUACGCCGAGUUGGGAACGUUGAUACCUCGAAGUGGCGGCGACUAUGCUUACAUCUACGAGGCGUUCGGUCCGCUCCCCGCCUUCCUGUUCCUGUGGGUGACGCUGCUGGUAAUCCUGCCCACCUCCAACACCGUUAUGGCCCUCACCUUCGCCACGUAUAUCAUCAAGCCGGCGUUCCCUAACUGUGACGUCAUCCCCCAAGUGCCCGUCAAGUUGUUAGCGGCGGUAGUGAUUUGUUUCCUGACGUGGCUCAACUGCACCAACGUCAAAUGGGCCAAGACGGUACAAGGGGUCUUCACGGCGGGCAAGGUCCUCGCCUUAUCCCUCAUCAUCGGCGCAGGCGUGUACCAUCUCGCGGCGGGGAACACCAAGAACUACGACAAUAUCUUCUACAACACCAACUGGAGCGUCACGGGAAUAUCUACAGCCUUCUAUCAGGGUCUUUUCUCCUUCGCUGGCUGGAACACGCUCAACUUCGUGGUGGAGGAAGUCAGAGAGCCGUACAAAACGCUCCCCCGCGCCAUCGCCAUUUCGUUGCCCAUUGUUACCCUCAUCUACUUCCUCACCAACGUCGCCUACUUCGCCGUGCUGGACACUGACGAAAUACUCUCCUCCAACGCCGUGGCCCUGUCGUUUUCAAGCGAGGUUCUUGGGGUGGUGGCUUACGCUAUGCCCCUCUUCGUCGCCUUGUCCACCUUCGGGAGCCUCAACGGCCUCAUCUUCGCCUGCUCGCGUCUCUUCUUCGUGGGCGCCCGAGAGGGACACUUGCCGCAGGUGUUGGCCCUAAUCAGUACCAAAUCCUUCACUCCUGUGCCCGCCCUAGUCUUCCAGGGCAUCAUGACGCUCUGCAUGCUCGGCACCUCCGACACGAUGGUGCUCAUCAACUACGUCAGCUUCUCAGAGUCCGUGUUCGUCUUCAUGUCCAUCUCGGCGCUGCUCUGGCUCAGGUACAAAGAGCCGAACAGGAAGCGGCCGAUCAAGGUGUGGCUGUGGGUGGCGAUCCUGUUCUUCGUGGUGUCCAUCUUCCUGGUGGUGUUCCCCGUGGUGGAGCGCCCCGUGGAGCUCGGCGUGGCCAUUGGGAUCUGUCUGGCAGGCGUCCCCGUGUACCUGCUGUGCGUCAAGCAGGCUGGAAAGUCCGUCAGGUUCUCCGCCUUCAUGGGCAAAGUAACCUCCGUGUGCCAGCUCCUUUGCACGGGUUUGCCUGAGGAGCAGCAGGAGGAGGUGUUAGCAGAGCAGCAAAGUCAUGAGUAGGAGGGAGAGGGUGGUUGGGGAUCGAGCAAAUAGGUGUUGAGAAAGAAGGGUAUGGUUUGGCAUCGUGUUGAGGAGGGAAUAGCUGGGGAUCCUAUUUAAAGAGAAGGGGGAUGAUUGGGGAUUGUAUUAAGGAAAGAGGACGUGACUGGGGAUCAAACAAGUAGGUUUUAAGAAAGCUUAUCCCAGUGAACUUAUCAAAAACAAUGUGUCAGCUUAUUUUUGCAGUAUCGAAAGCAGCUCAAGGAAAGCGCUCAAAAGAGAAGAUCAAUAUCGGAUGGAGAGGAAUGUGCCUGUUAUCCUCCUUGUGGGCGCGAAUACUUAAUUAUAGUGUGUAUGUGACACUUCAAUACCAAAAAGAACUACAAUAUACGGAGCUGCUGCCAUAGUGUGGUUAUUGGUUUUGUCAGAGUCCCCGGGAGGAGUGAAGAAAAGCUGGUCCAGAGUGAUAACUGUGAUUCAGAUCUAUGUAUAUAUGACAGAGAGUUGAUGAGUGUGUUUGGUGUGAUCGAUUCAUUUUGUUAUUGACUGACUGAUAUCUGUGUGGUACACUAUACAAACAUACUAAUCACCGUUUAGCGAUACAUAACACAUUAAAUCAUAUCGUCACCUUCAUUAACAAUUUGCCUGUCAUUAACUUAUCUGCCUAAAUCAUAUGCCGAAUUAGAAAAUGAGUUCAUGAUUUCCCGAAAAGUAGAAAAAUAUUUAUAGGCUGUUUGUGUAUGUAGAUGGCGAUAUGCAACACUUAUUUCCGAUGUGUUACUUUAUUUGUAUUGCGUUACACUAAAUUUAUGUACAGUACAGGAGAAGGGUGCCUGCCAGUCAUAAAUCUUACUGAUGGAGGAUGGGUAGUAUGUUUGUGCUGUUGUGCUGUGGAUCCUGAGCCGUGAGUGAGAAGUUGUUGGUUAGAAUGCCGUGAGCCAAGUUUUAUUCUCAUUGUUUUUAUUGUCAUUGAUAUUAUUUAAGGGUAUGUUUGCCAACUCCCACGCACCAUAUACUCAUUCACAUCAAGAAAUAAACGCCUCUGAAAGUGAGCUAAAAACAUAUGAAAAGAAAAACGAAUUGUAAAAGUAAAGAAUUUGUAUCACUCCUACUUUAUGAUCACAAGAGUUCAUUUUUACGCCUCAUCUCGGUUUUCCGGGGUCGCUUUAUUUUCUGAUAUGAGUAUAAAUUGGAUUAGUGCGUACAGAUUGGCGAUCGCACCCUAUAUCAUAAGUGUCUGGUUGUCCCCCUUUAUUCACCGCCAUAGGUUGACACGCCCCGAAGUGAUGUGUGUUGGCCGCUGCGUGGUCCGCCUCUCAUAAUGUCUAGUUGUAAGGUAUAUACAGAGCCAUAGAUUAGGAGAGUUCGGCCACCUUGAUCACAGGCGCUACUCUGUUACCAAAAGAGCAGCGCGAAAUUCAAAAUGAUGCUGAUACAAUGCUGUUUUUGUGCUCAAGGUAUGAUUAGAAUCUCGUACCUAGAUCACACACACACACAAAAAAAAAAAAAAAAAACUUGUAUCAGCAUCCAUUUGAAUUUAGCGUGGCUCUUUUAAUAAGAACAUUGCGAGUGUGAUGAAUUUGGCCAAACUCCAUUUUCUCAGACAUUUCGGGGCUUACACAUCCAUAUCUGAUAAGGCUUUCAUAGAGGUUGUUAUGGGUAUUUCCAUGGGCAGCUUUAAGAGCCUGGUGAUAGUAUGACACUCCUGUUACGAAGACACUGUUCUAUAUGCGAAGAAGGUUGUGUCAAAGUGUAGAGUAGUUUUUUUCUUCCUUUCUUUCUCUCUUCUUUCUUUCCUUCAUUCCUUUCCUCCUUUAUUUAUGAUGCUGAUUACUUUCUUUCUUUCUCUCUCUCUCUCUCUCUCUCUCUCUCUCUCUCUCUCUCUCUCUCUCUCUCUCUCUCUCUCUCUCUCUCUCUCUCUCUCAUUCCCUUUUUUCAUUCAUUAAUUCCCUCCUUUAUCUCUUCAUUCAUCCAAGGCUUCCGCACCAUGAAUGUGACAAACCACUCAUGAGAACCCGACAAUCUCCAAUAUGGCCUUUGGAAAUCGUUGAUGUGAGAGCCGAAAGUGCCUGCGAAUACGGGCGUUACCAAAGUCACUUAUUGGCAAAGCAAAAAGUUAUGAAAGUGAGACGAACCGAAAGUAAAAAAAAGAUGAAUAUUUCUCACAAAAGUAUUAGAAUUUGUCGUGAGUUCGUCUUGCAAGCGUGUAAGUGACUUCGGGCGUUACCACCUACCAUAAGUUUUAUACGUAAUAGCCUUUUAAUACUCUACGGUGAUAUUUCUAAGGUUAUCAUGGUAAUUUUGGGGUUGUCAAGGUGGUGGUGGACGGAGGGGCAGACUGGAUCACACUUAUACGUAUUGCAAUGAACUCUAUGAGUCGAGUCGCUAUACCAGUAUUGUGAAGGUUAUUAAUUAUGCAUAUAAGUGUAAAGAAGUGUAAGUCAAACAUUUCAAUAAAGAAUAUAAAAUGU